AUGAGCAGCCCUCAAGAGGGGAUUAAAAGUGCAGUGUUUGUUAUUCAGUCCUAUCUGACUCUUUGUGUGACCCCAUGGAGUGUAACCCUGCAGAAUUCUUGUCCAUGGGAUUCUCCAGGCAAGAAUACUGGAGUGUGUUGCCAUUCUCUUCUCCAGAGCAUCUUCCCCACCCAGAGAUCAAACCCCAGUCUUCUGCAUUGCAGACAGAUUCUUUACCAUCUGAGCUGCCGGGGAAGCCCUGAAGGGGGAAUUAGUGCCCUUCUAAGAAGAGAACAGAGAGCUUGUUCCAUGCUCACCCACCUGCCCCCACCCCCCACGCGUGAGGGCCAGUGA